AUGACAUGCAAUAUAUCUGUGAAAGCUUCAUGUCACAAGUUGCAUGAAGUUUUGAGUCGGUUGAUUAGGCCGGUUCGAGAGAUAUUUUCAAGGACUAGCUUUGGUUACCUCUUGGAUCUACCGGCUCAGUCCGGAGAUGGACUACUUAUUCAUACCCUACUACUUCACAUGUUGCGUCCUACCCCUGAAAGUGAUGCAGCUGAGCGUCUACAUUUCAUGUUUUCUAGAUGUUCUUUAUCAUUUGGGCCGAAAGAGUUUUGUAUUGUCUUGGGACUUUACAUGGGGAGUUUUCCUACUUCAGGGAUCGAAUUUUCAACCAUGUAUAAUCACGAAUACGGUGAUAAUACAUUUCGGUCCAGAGUCUUCCCAUAUCGCACGGACACUGCGUUACCUGUAGAAGAUUUAGAGCUACUUAUCUUGAACCGACGGUUCAAUGAGAUAUCAACUGACGAUGUUGUCCUUGCGAUUUUGCUAUAUAUCCCCAAUCAAGGUUUUUUGGGAAAAGAACCCAAAGACAAAGUCACGAAGGAAUUUAUGUGGGUGGUGGAGAACCUGGAUGAAUGGAACAGUCUGAAUCCUGAAUCGCCAGAAGUCCCUUCUUCUGUACUCUUCAACUUUAGAAAAGAUGGAGCAUCUUCAUCUGAUCCAUCCUGUGGAAACAGCCGAUGA